AUGGACCCCAUACGCGCAAAAUUCUCUGAAUGUUUGAAGGCUCGCGGAGUCUUUGACACUGCGCGACGGCAGCAGCUCGUCAGCGUGGCGCAGCAGCUGGUACAGAGCACAGGCGAGGGGCCGACUAUGGGCAUAGUGGGUGAGGGUGAGGCAGGCGGCGUGCUGCCAGGCGUGCCCACCACCUGGGACAUGCACAGCUCAACUCCAGAGAUCACGGAAGUGUCUCGCCGCCUGAUGGCGCUGCAUUCAGUGCUGGGCGGUGGCGACGAUGUGGACACUGUGUGGAUGGUGGUGCGCGAGCCGCAGCUGCUGGUGGCGGACCCCUCAGACCUCAUGCGGCGGCUCAUGGCCAUGAAGAUCGCAUCAGCGGGCACCGGGCUGGACGUGGUCAAAGUGGCGGAGGCUCAGCCAGGGCUGCUGCUGCUGCAGGGUGCUGUGUGGGAGGACCUCGACUCCCUGAGGGAGCAGCUGGCGUCCUGGGAGCACGGGCUGGCGAGCGACACCGACCCCGAGUGGUCCCUGCGCCUGGACCAGCUGCGUGCCUACCACCGCGCGCACGGCGACUGCAGCGUGGGCUGCAGGGAGGGCGACAACAGAGAGCUGGCGCGGUGGGCGGCCAAGCAGCGCGCGGAGCGGUCGCGGGGCGAGCUGAGCUCUGAGAAGGCGGAGGCAUUGGUGGCCCUGGGCUUUGAGUGGGACGAGGACGAGGCAGAGUGGCUGCGGUGGUUCAUCGACCUGGCCAGGUUCAAGGAGGUCCACGGCCACGCCAGCCCCAUGCAGAUGUCCACAGGCGCUGACUUGUGA